AUGAAGCGAGUUCGUUCUCAAGUCCAGGAGUUCAACGAAAUUGACGAUGUUCAUAUGGUCGUAUCCGGCUUCUUUCCAAUCGUGGUCGAUAUUGUCAAGCACGGCUACGCGCGGACCGACAACCAGGGCCGAUACACCGCCAAUGGCACGGUAACUCAGGUGCACUCGGACCACGUUAAUUUUUUGGUUGAUUGUGGAGCUCCAAGCACGUUUUGUGAGUUGGGAAGGGGAAUGAUGGUUUUAAGGGGUGGUCAAGUUUUGGCAAAAAAAAGUUUUUUCUUGUGAGGGGAGGACUUUUUCACAAAAAACAAAUUUCUUGAGGGAGGACUUUUUCACAAAAAAAGAUUUAAUUAGGACUUUUUCACAAAAAAAAAUUUUUUUUGAGGGAGGACUUUUUCACAAAAAAAUUUUAAGUAGGACUUUUUCGCAAAAAAAAUUUUUUUUGGGUGAGGGCCUUUUCACAAAAAAAAAUUAAUUUAAAAUCUUGCUUUCAGUGAACAAUAUCGAAGGUGGUGUGGAUGCCAUAUUAAUCACACAUUGGCACAGCGAUCAUUGUGGUCGAUUGGCCGACUUUAAAGGUGUUCCAGUACUUCCGCCGGCCGAGUUUCGCGAACUUUUAGCUAACACGUCAUUCCUCGGCGAUGACGUCGAGCUCAUGGAACUGAAAGGACAUACCGAACAGGAUUUAGCCGUCAUUGUCAGGGGGAACGGUGGCGAUCCUAUCGCUAUUGUUGGUGGGUUUUAUUUUGUUUUGUGGUCGAAAAGUGGGCGGAAAUGCACGUUUUUGGGUAUUGCGAGGUCAAAAAGUGGAUAGAAAAGGCUUUUUUUUUUGAGAAUAUCGAGGUCAAAAAGUACGCAGAUGUUGAGUUAUAUUAACAAUAUCACAUUUCAGGCGAUCUAUUUGAAAACGAAGAAGACUUCAGAAACCCAAAGUACGAGAACGUGACCGAUCGUCAAGCCUACGAAGAAUCGAGACGAAAGAUCAUAGAGAAGGACCCACUGGUCAUCGUGCCCGGUCAUGGACCGCCAUUUAUGAUCCGCCAAAGCUACGAUGUUAGAUCCUACGGCGGCGUGAAGGUGAAGCACCUUCUCCGAGGCAAAGGCACCAAGCAGUGGGUUGUGUGGGGAGGAGACAGGGUCAUCGCCAUAAAUUGUCCGAAUGAAUGCAGGUUUUUAAAUUUUGGCUUAGCUUUAGAUCUUUAGGCUUGCAUUUUUAGGCUUAGCAAUGAGUGUUAGGAACGGCAGGACAUAUUUAGGCUUAUCAUUGUCUUUUUAGGUUUAGAACUCUAUUUUAGGAAUGGAAAAACAUGUUUAGGCUUAUUAUUGUAUUUUUAGGCUUAGCAAUGGAUUUUAGGAAUGACAGAACAUUUUUAGGCUUAAUAUUGUGUUUUUAGGCUUAUCAAUGAAAUUUAAGAUUUGCUAAGGGCAUUUAGGCUUAACAAGGGAUUUAUUAGGCUUACAAGAGAUUUUUAGGCUUAGCGGACUAUAUCUUUAGGCUUAAUAUUUUUUGUUUUAGGCAUUCGACCAGAGCACGUGACCGAUCUUGUCAUCCUGAAGCCGUGUGCCGCUUCCACCAAGUACAUGGCGUCAUACAACAGAAGCCGAAUCUACAUGGCCAACGACGUAUUAACUUACCCGAACAUCUACGAACCCUUGACAGAUGACAAUCAACCGCUUCAAGGCUUGAUUCAUGUCGUGAAGGUGAGAGGUGAGGAGCUGGAGGUCCAAAUCCUGGUGGACGGUCGGUGCGUGGAGGCCAUCAAUAUGGACUGUGAAUAG